UGCUCACAUUCCACAAGUCCACAAGCUCGAAUCGAGAGACCCCGGGCACGUCCGGCCACCACCAUGGCACGGCACGCUCCGCUCCUCUUCACCGUUGUCGCCGUGCUCGCCGUGGCCGCAGCGUCAGCGUCGGCCUACGUGCGCGCUGCCGACGCCGAGGAGCUGGUCGUCCGGGGCGCCAGCGUCAUCGGCGACGACAGCGACGAGCUCGGGCUGGGCGGCAUGGCCAGCAGGCGGCGGCUGGACGACCACAACGGCACGAGCACGGACGCCAACGCCACGAGCACGGACGCCAACGCCACGUCGGCGGGGUACAUCAGCUACCUCGCGCUGUCCGCCGACCGUGUCCCGUGCACGCAGCGCGGCGCGUCGUACUACAACUGCCAGCCCGGCGCGGAGGCCAACCCCUACACCCGCGGCUGCUCCGCCAUCACGCAGUGCCGCGGCUAGACGGGGAGUGCAAGAUUACUGCUCUGCUUUGGAGAUUCUCUUGGAUCCGAUGAGUUUAAUUGAAGUUUGCCAAAUCUUUUUCUGCAAACUGUUGCUGUUCUUGCUCUAAUAAUUACGUUGUAUUUGUGUGAUGUUUGACCAUACAUGAGGUGAUCAAUUCUUACGACUGUCAUCUUUUUCUGCAAACUGUUGCUGUUCUUGCGCUAAUAAUUACGUUGUAUUUGUGAG